UCAGAACUGGGAGCCUGGGGAAGCCGGGAAGCCAGGAAGAAAGGUUUGAAGCUUGGGUAGGGGAGGCCAGGUGAGGCUUUAGAGGACCAGCGAAAGUUAAAACUGUAUGGGCACCUACUAUGGUCCAGGGUAAUCCCGCAACUUCACCUAUUUAGAGAAAAUGCAAUUAGUGGAGUACCUACCAUGUGUCAGGCUGGGUGCUUAUCCCAGCAAAGAAAGACUUACUGAAUUUCUUCCGUGUGCCAGGUUUGGUGCUAGAAGCUUUCCAUUUAAGAGAUCUGGAGCAACAGCCUGUUUGAAAAUAAGGAAAUUGAGGCUCAGAGAGGAACAGGCAUUUCCGUCCUUUCCCCAAAUAUUCCCUCUCCCCUUCCCAAGCCAGCUUCAGCCUGCAAACCUGAACAAGGGUGGGGUGGGGCUGGGAGGGGGCCAGUUUGUGCCCCCUCCCCCACAGCCCAGCCUUGGCAAAGACCUCCUUUGAGAAGGGACGCUUAAGGAGUGCUUUUCCUGUCCAGAGUUCCUCGAGCUUUGGGCAAGGGUGGGGAUGGGUGUUGGUGCAAGGGGUGGGUUUCCUGGGUGAUCCCCUUCCCAGGAAGGCUUUCUUGUGCUCAGCUGGCCAGAGGGCCCCCAAGCACCUCUGUGGGGCUCUCUUCUCCUCUUGCCCCCGGCCCUGGCAGGAUGGAUGUUGCUCAGGACCUCAGGGAAGAGGGGAGGCCAGGCUGGGGUCGGGCAGCCAGCUCCGGAGCCCAUGAUUCAGGCUUCCCCCAGCUUCACAGAGACAAGAUGGUGUCCCCCCGGAUCUCUGCCUGCCCUCCAGCCCCUCCCCACCCGACAGCCCCCUGAUUGCCAAGAGGAAGUGCCACAAAGAAAGGAACCUGCUUCCUGUGUGCCAGGAGCCCUGGGGGCCUCUUGACUUUUCACUGAGUUUCCAGGGCCAUGCGGGGGGUUUGCUUCUAGCAUUUGCUAGAUGACCAGACCCAGUCAUUUGCCCAGGGUUGCUGGGCGGGUGAGAGGUGGAGCGGGUCCGCUGGAAGCUGGUCCUGUCCGCUUUGACUCUGAGCUGUCAAGGGUGGUGAGAUUGGCUUUUCCAAGCCCCCAGGACUCCCCUUGGUGUGGGCACGGAGGCCAGUGAAUGCAUAUGUGUCCAGAGAGGCUGGGAUGUGGGCUCUUGGAGGAGGCCCCAGGGUGUGGGGGAGGGAAGGGGGAGGGGGUCCCCACAAAGGUGGGAUGCAUCCAGACUCUCAUCCUGCCGUCCUUGCCCCUCUGACUCCUCCAUCUUCCAGAUAGGCCCGCAGGUGCAUUUGCUGGGAGCUGGACGGGCCAGCUUUGGGGGCGUCCUGAGCAGGGUGCCUGCCCCCAGCCGUCUGCAGCCAGAGAGAGGGGGGUGGGAAUUAGAAUAGGCCUCUGGGGUCAUUCCCCUGCCUGACGCCAGCUGAGGCUUCACUGAGUCAGACACUGUUGUGAAAAAGACUGAUUUGGGCCAGGGGGUGGGUUUUUCUAGGUAAGAGCCCAGACUGUGGAGCCAAUGGCCUGAUUCUAAUCCUGGCUUGGCCAGUCAUCUGUGUGGACUGGGGCAAGUGACUCAGCCUCUCCGACCUCCAGUGUCCCCGUCGGUCCAGUGGGUCGAUGGCGGUCCCCUCUUCCUGGGACUCUUGUGAAGUCUUUGGAAUAAAACACACAGAGCGCCCAGCAUGAUGGAAGCCUGCCUGGCUGUGGCAACUGUUCCCCCAGCGCGGCCCACCCCAUCUCUGCUCCAGGCUCUUCUGCCCCCCCUCCCCACGUGCCUUCAGAAUGACCCUGGGGCGAGGUCAGCUGAGCGUCACAGAACUUGCAUCCGCGGACCUGUGCUGCUAGUGGUCCCCAUGACCCACUCUCUGGGCCUCCCGGGCAGGGGACUCUACACUCUUGAAAAGCCCUUUGAGCUCUCACCCCUGCCUGUUCCUCAUUGUGCAGGGUCAGCUUGGCUGUGGAUGGAGAGAGGGGAGCAGGCAGUGAAGGAGGAGAGAAGCUGGGCCCACAGUGCUGCCCACAGUGCCUCCUCUGGGAGAGAAGACGGGAAGAAAGAUGCCCUCCACCCCCCCCCCCCAGGGGGGCAGGCGGCAGAGCUCAUGGAGGUGUUGUCACCUGAUGUCCAGGUGUCUGGGUGCUUCACACAGCCCCACAUGGCUGGGGCCCUGUGAAGAGUCACAGUCUUCUCUCAGAGAGGAAAGCCACAGAUUUAUCCCCCCCUUCCUUGCCCUUUUCUGGCCCUGUCCCUUUUCUCCCUGCCUCCUCUCUCUGACCCCCUGCCUCCUCCCUUUGACCCCCUGCCUCCUCUCUCUGACCCCCUGCCUCCUCCCUCUGACCCCCUGCCUCCUCCCUCUGACCCUCUGCCUCCUCUCUCUGACCCCCUGCCUCCUCCCUCUGACCCCCUGCUUCCUCUCUCUACUUCCUCAGGUCCAUGGAGUUGCUGAUGUUAGCACGUCUGUACCAGGAGCUCUGGGCUAGAGGCUGGAGCAGGUGGUGAUGGAGAUGCAUGGUCCCUGGGGGCCGCUGGCCUCCUUCCCUCUUUCUGUAGAUGGAGGUGACCACCAGCAGAGUCAUGCUCCCCGCAGAGGGACUUGGGGAGGGGACUGUCCUGGCGUGGGGCCUCUUUCCCGCUGCCUCCAUUGAAGGUCCAGUCUGGUUGCCCAGACCGGGAGGAGACUAAAAAAAAUUCAGUGCUGUUGGCUCAUAGCCCCCUAUCUCCACUGCCCACCCAGCACAACCCCUGGGUCAGCUAGAAAGCCCCAGAAGAAAGUUUUGAAAGAGCUCCAAAAGGUAGAGCCAUUUAGGAGUUCCCGUUGUGGCUCAGCGGUUAACAAAUCCGACUAGGAACCAUGAGGUUGUGGGUUCGAUCCCUGGCCUCGCCCAGCGGGUUAAGGAUCCGGUGUUGCCGUGAGCUGUGGUGUAGGUUGCAGACACGGCUGGAUCUGGUGUUGCUGUGGCAUAGGCCGGUGGCUAUGGCUCCGAUUAGACCCCUAGUCUGGGAACCUCCAUAUGCCGUGGGAAGAGGCCCUAGAAAAGGCAAAAAGACAAAAAAAAAAAAAAAAAAAAAAAAGGUAGAGCCAUUUGGUUCAUUCGCGUGCAGAUCAUUUAUUGAGCACCUGCUGUAUACAAGGCACUGAAAUCCUAUGGGAUACAUUCAAAGGCAGCCUCAGGCAUGAGUCGUGGACUUGGAGUCACCAUCCUGGCUCCCUUAUUAACAAAAUGGGCCCUUCCUGUAGACUUUUAAGCAUCACCUUAUUUGUGAAACAGGAAGGUGAUCUGUACUUUCUAGGGAGGUGAUAAGAAGACUCUUUAGCAUGGGACUAAAUGUCUGGGGUUGAAUCCUUCCUUUGCUGCUUCCUGGCUGUGUACCCAUGAGCAAGGCAGUAAACGUCUCUGUGCUUUAGUGUCCUCAUCUGUAAAUUGGGGUAGCCACCUACCUUCUGGGGUUGCUGAGGGAUGAAGUGGGUUAAUCCAUGCUCAGCACGGAGAGUGCUCUGCAUAUAUUAACUGCAAAAUAAAUGUCAGCUAUUAUUAUUGUUCUAUACUUAGCACCAUGCUUGGCACACUGCAGGGCUUGGUGACUGGUGAUGGUUGUCAUGGCUCCAGGCCUGGGUCAGUGGUGUGCUGAGCAGGCUGAUUGUGUGUGUCCCUUAGCAGUUUAUUCAUCGAGAUCACCUUGGUAGCUUGGAAUCGGCCCUGGCGGGAGUAUUACGCCAAGGAAAUUGACAAAGGCUACCAGUCAGAGCUCUUUAGAAUGGUCUUUUGGGGAGCUGGUCGAUGGCAUGAUGGCUCUCAGUCUGGCACAGCGAGCAGAUGCAGAUGCCCGAGAGUCCUGCAUAAGUCAUGUGCCGGAAGACCCAUGCGCAGGAGGUGUCUCCACCUCACGCCUCUUAGCAUCAUGGCUGAUGUAGAAAUUUAUGAUGUCGAGAGUGCUUUGGGGCAAAUGAUUGAGGCUUUCCAGGCCACUUAUAACCUGGGGCAUCCCGGGCUGAGGACCAGUCAAAGCACUACAGCCCUUUGUGCAAACUGAGAAAAGGAGCCUUUUCUGAGCAGAUGAACUGUAGGUAAGACAUCCCCCUGGGUGCCUUGUGCAGUGCCCAGCCUGCACCACCAUAUGCGGCAGCCUGCUGAGGGCCGAGGAGAUGGGUACUUCAGCGGGCCUGUCGCUGUUUGUAGCUCCUCUUCUCUAGAGAGAGGAGGGAUCCCUGCUGGGUAGGUGGGAGCCCGGGAGGUCUUCAGAGAGGAAAUGACAUUGGAGACAGACAGGGGGAAGAGGGUGUUCUGAGGGAGGGGCUAACAUGAGCCGAAGGCUGGAGGCAGGUCCCAGCAGAACUCGAGCUCACUGAAGGUUCUGGGGGGAUUCCGGUGGGUGCUGGAGUAGGAAAGGAGCGUGGCUGGGCUGUGAACGGCCUUUGGGUGGGCCUGUUAGAGCCCCUGGAGGUUAACGUAUCUCUAAUUGGGGUUUGGAGCUUGGAUCCACUUUGGCUUUUCCCACAAGACCAAGAGGCUCCCAUAGAAAGUUCUGGGUAUGCCCCAGCUCCAUAAACCCUCGGGGCUGUGAGGGACUUGAGUCAUUCAUGGGUCCCUCGUCCAGGUCUCCAGUCUCCUAGAGGUGGGCAAAUUCCCAGGGCCCAGGGAGUGCAAUCACGGAGGACGUGACCUGGACCUGCCUUUCGCGUCCUCCUGGGAGGGCUGAAAGGCUCUGGCACCCCCUUUGCUUAAGAAGUGUUCUCUAGCGUCUUCCCCAUGUCGUGUCCUGGACUCACAUAGGCUCCUGGGAAGCCAGAAUUGCGAAGGACAGAUGGUCCAGACAGAGAACAGAUUCCAACAAGAGUUAGCGUCUUUGAGAUCUUCCCAUGGGCCGAGCCUUUACAACAGCCCUACAAGUCAAGUCCAUUUUAUAGAUGAGAAAAGGGACCCCUGGGCAAGUUAAGCUCCUGAAGCACAGUAGUGAGUCCGGGGUAAAGCGAGGACUCAAACCCCAGCAGUCCCAUGCUGGAGUAAAGAAGGAGUGACAGAAGGCAAGGGUGGGUGAGUGAGGGCAUGGGUGGAUGGAUGAAGGAAGAAAGAAAGAAGCAAGGGAGGGAUGGGCAGGCAGAACUCCCAGGCCCUUAGAGAGACCCCCGUCCAGUGUUCCCAAUGUCCAGACAGAAAACUGAGACUGGACAGGAGGCCUCCAGUAAGGGCUGCGAGGCCAAGGCUCCGGGCCACCUGACACCUGCAUCCUGCUCUCUGCCGCAGCCCCGAGCCAUGAUGAAGACCUUGUCCAGCGGGAACUGCACGCUCAGCGUGCCAGCCAAGAACUCGUACCGCAUGGUGGUGCUGGGCGCCUCGCGGGUGGGCAAGAGCUCCAUCGUCUCUCGCUUCCUCAACGGCCGCUUCGAGGACCAGUACACGCCCACCAUCGAGGACUUCCACCGGAAAGUCUACAACAUCCGCGGCGACAUGUACCAGCUGGACAUCCUGGACACGUCUGGCAACCACCCCUUCCCCGCCAUGCGCAGGCUCUCCAUCCUCACAGGCGAUGUCUUCAUCCUGGUGUUCAGCCUGGAUAACCGCGAGUCCUUCGACGAGGUCAAGCGCCUCCAGAAGCAGAUCCUGGAGGUCAAGUCCUGCCUGAAGAACAAGACCAAGGAGGCGGCGGAGCUGCCCAUGGUCAUCUGCGGCAACAAGAACGACCACGGCGAGCUGUGCCGCCAGGUGCCCACCACCGAGGCGGAGCUGCUGGUGUCCGGCGACGGGAACUGCGCCUACUUCGAGGUGUCGGCCAAGAAGAACACCAACGUGGACGAGAUGUUCUACGUGCUCUUCAGCAUGGCCAAGCUGCCGCACGAGAUGAGCCCCGCGCUGCACCGCAAGAUCUCCGUGCAGUACGGGGACGCCUUCCACCCCAGGCCCUUCUGCAUGCGCCGUGUCAAGGACAUGGACGCCUACGGCAUGGUCUCGCCCUUCGCCCGCCGCCCCAGUGUCAACAGUGACCUCAAAUACAUCAAGGCCAAGGUCCUCCGGGAGGGCCAGGCCCGAGAGCGGGACAAAUGCACCAUCCAGUGAGUGGGAGGGACCCCGGGGUGGGGCUUGGGCGGUGCCUAACGGGAGGUGGCCACCCCCCCCCAGAGGCUUGCUGCCCACAUCCACCCCCCUCCCCAGGACACCCCAACAGCAGUCACGUUCCAAGACCUUUGGCGCCAGACUGGAGGACCCCGGCCUCUAACCUCUAUACAGUCUCCUGCCUUCAGUCACUUCCUUCCAAUUCCUUCUUUCCACCGCUCCCCCUUGGUGUCGGCUUCUCCGUCGGGGGUGGAUCUCUGCCAGGCGGGGGUAAGGCUGGGUGACAUAUGGAUGUAUGCCUGGACCCAAGUCAGAGCUCGCCUACCCUUGCAAGAAACGCUGAUGCCAGAGGGGCCAGGACGCCUGCAUCUGUUGGAGCCAUGGGGCACAUCACAGGUGAAACCAUACCCAGAGCCCGCUGAGAGAGGGCUCUGCUCUCCUGGUGGAAGUCCCGGCUUGCUUUAGGUGGCAGCUGCAAGUCCCUCCUCCCCCCCCCCCCCGCACCCCAUCCUGAAGCUCUCACCCUCUGGCUCAGCUGUUUCCAUCCCCCAACUCGCAAGGUGGCCCCCCGCUGUCCCCGCCACUGAGCUAGGGGCGUCUGGGGGUUGGAAGGUGGGCGUGGCUACGGCACCUGGACCGCCCAUCUCCCGGGACCGCCUUCCUCAGCCUCCUGUGCCAGGUUCCUCUCGUCUGCUGGAUGUGCUUUGUCGUCGCAGCCAUCAUGUGGCUCCCAGUGGAAAUGGACAUUGGUGUACUGUACAAGCUGAGUGACCCCUCGGCGGCCAGGCGCCCCGUCUCCACUUGGGACCCCUUCCAGUACCGCUCCCUGACCUUGUUCCCGAGCUGGACACUGCCCGCCUACCGAGCUUCAGCAUUUACACGUGCACAGUCAGAGCAGGCUGGGGCUGCUUCUCCUCCUGCCCCUGGUCACAGAGGAGGCCAGAGGAGGCGGCUGAGAUUCAGAGGGUCAAGUGACAUGCCCCAGCUCCGCCUCUCGGCUAGUUCAAGGCAGAAUUCCACCUGGAGCCAGGCUGUCCUCUGCUGUGCUUAUUCCUCAAGCGUUCAUUGAGCACCUUUGGGUGCUGAGUCCACUGCGUGCGUGGAAGCAAAGAGGAUGAGCAAUGCACUUUACACCCCAAGGCCCAGCUUCCCUGGCUCUGACCUCUCCCCCGCCUCCCCCGCCCCCCGGCCUCUGCCCACCCCUCCUGUCCCACUGCCUCUUGCACAUGCAGCUGUUGGGAGGCGUGGAGGAACAGCUGGAAGCCAGAGCUGAGCCCAGGACAGGUAGAUGAGAAGGAUGCAGGGUGGGCCUUUUCCUUGUGCCAGGUAUUGGGCUGUGCUGGGCAUCAGGCGUGGUGGGUUUUGAAUCUGUGGACCAAAGGCUCUUGCCAUCCGCUCUUAACAGAUGCAUUUUAUAUUUUAAAUCUCCUUGAAAUUCUUGAAGUCUAAGUCCACAGGGAACCUUCUGUGAUUAUCCAGUGAAUCUUUCUGAGGCCCAGAGAGGGUACAUAACUUGCCCCAGGUCACACAGCUAACCUAUGAGUGGCAGAAGCAGGGUUAGGUCCGGGCAUUCGGCACACACCAUGACAUGCCCCUCUCCUGAUGCCGUCCCAGCCCCUGGGGACUCUGGGGAUUUGAGGUGUCGUCUCCCCGUCCCUCUCCCAAGAUCGGCCUCUGAGGGCUCCUGUAGAUUCUGUGUACAUUGUACUCAUGUAUAUACCUACACAUGCACGUGAACACACAGAUACACACGUGCCUGGCCUCAGCUCUGCACCCCCCCACUCCUUCCCUGAGCCCUGCUGCUCAAGGCAGCUGCUCCGACCCUGCUUCUGUGCCCCUGCCCAGCCCCAGCCCCAGUCCUCUACGUGGACCAGGUACCUUGGCCAGGACAGGUGUGUGGCUGGUCUCACCUGGUCACACCCCUGCUUCCCCAUAUCUCUGUGUACACUCUCAAUUAAAGUGGGUUUGUUUCUAA